GAUCUCUCGGGAUCGGUCUGAAACAGUCAUCUCCACCAUUACAUACUUUUUAAUUUUCUAACUUAAUGAUGAGCGUCCAUUGCUGGCCUUUUUAGAACUCUCCCUGCUUUGCUUAACCUCCAGAAUCCUCCAUCAGAAGGGGUUUAUCUAAAUGGAUCAUAAAGAGCAACAGAUCCAAGAGAUCGAAGCUUUACAAGCAAUUUAUCAAGAAGAGGAAUUAGAAGUAAUCUGUGAUGAGUAUCCGAACAUCUCUGUGCGAGUCAACCUCAAAUCUAAUCAGGAAAAUGAAUCCCCAUCGGAUUUUGAAGUCGCUCUCGUGGUAGAGUUGCCGGAAGAUUACCCGGAUGCUAUACCGCGGAUUCGCCUUGAAGGCAUUGAUCAUCUGUUUACCAAGGAACGCAUACAGAAGGCAGUCCAAUUACUGGAAAAUGAAGCGGGUAGUAACCUAGGAAUGGUUAUGGUGUUCACUGUAGUCAGCGCCCUGCAGGAUGAGCUGGGAGUCUUACUUGCGGAAAAGAUGAAGGAAGCCGAAUUGAAAGUUGAAGAGGAAAAGCAAAAAGAGGAGGCCAUCUCGCGAAAAAAAUUUGAAGGUACCCCAGUUACUCCAGAGACGUUCCUGGCAUGGAAGGAGAAGUUCGAUAAGGAGCGAAAAGCACUCAUGGAAAAGAAUCAAAAGGACCGUGAAACCGCUUUAGCUGGUAAAUUAACUGGCAAACAGCUUUUCUUGAGGGAUGCCACUCUCAGUUUGUCCGAUGUCGCGUUGAUUGAACAGAGUGUAGAAAUCGACGAAUCUCUUUUUGAUGAAGAGAUCGAAGGACUCGAGCUGGAAUCUGAUGAAGAUUGA